AUGGGACUCCAUCUAGAAAUCGAGGUGAUCGGUCUGGUUCUCGAGGAGAAUUCUAAUGGUCUCUCUGGCAUGACUACUCACGAGCUUGAGGAUAUUUUGCAUCACAUGCUGGAUCGCCGAUCUUCUACUGCUCUCAGUACAUCUUCUUCGCCAUUUGCCCGCUUAGGUAACUUAGCCUCUUCUCCUCGUGUUUUUCUUUCUCAUAAGUCUUUGCCCUGGACUAUUGAUUCUAGUGCCUCAGAUCAUAUGUCUAGAUCUGCUGACCUUUUCUCUGCCUAUAAGCCUUCUUCAGGUCAGGACAAAGUUAGGAUUGUAGAUAGUACUGUUUAUUCUAGUUCCGGGAAAGGUAUUCUCCUCUGUUUAGGAAUACAAAACACUUCUCUCUCUCCCACACAUCAAUCAGCACCACACCUCACCUUACCGCCAGCGCACACCACUGGGAAGCAUUCAACGUCACACAUCGCCACCGCCACCGCCACCGCCACCGCCACAAUACCAGGUGGGUAUGACAAAGAAGAGAAAGCAGCUAGGGCUUAUGAUAUGGCUGCACUGAAGUACCGGGGAACAUCUACCACUACAAACUUCCCUAUCAAUAAUUACGAAAAGGAACUUGAGGAGAUGAAACACAUGACCAGGCAAGAAUUUGUAGCCUCAAUUAGAAGUUCAAAAUGGUUUUCAAUUAAGCUUUUUAACUAUUGGAUGCUACUAUGCUGGAAUUCUUUUCACUCACAGUUCAUGGAAACUGAGUUGAUGUCAAAGAGAUCACACCGCAGAGAAGUUUAAAUUUUAGGCUGAGGUGUCUUGGCUUAUAGACAUCAUUAUCAACUUACUUUACAGCAAAAAAGACACCUUCUUUAGGGAGUUAAUCUCCAAUGCUUCUAAUAUGACUUUGAUGCGUGGACUUCCAGAGAUAUUUUGGUGUAUGGAGAAGAAAUUGUACUUUUGUAUGGAAGUAAUAUAAUACUUUUGUCGUCUCCGCCUUUCGUGCAAUUAACUAUUACUGAUACAGAAAACUUUUGGCAGCCAACAGAUAAUUACUGGCAUGGUAGAUAGAUCACCUUUUGUCGUUGUACAGAUAUAUGAUAUUUUGUCGUGGUACAUAGAUGUACUUUUGGCUUGGUACAUACAUCACCUUUUGUCGUCGUACAGAUUACGAUGGGAAUUUGUACCAUGCCAAAUGGUCAUAUCACAUGGUAUAGUAAAUGUAAUUUUUGUAUAUGGAGGGGGUUUACUUUUUGUAUGAUUCUAUAUUUUGUAUGGAAUUAUUAUUUUAGUUUGGACAAUAGUUGCUUUGUAUUUACUUGGACAGAUAAAGUAAUUUAUUUUUUGUA